GUGGGGUCUCCGUCUUCCUAAAUAUAAAGCUGGCAAGCAAAUGAUCACGAUACCUACGUUUGGCCAUUGUUAUCUAUGCAGGCGUUUCUCGAAAUUGUAGCGCGCGGUUAUUCGUGAAUCAUACGCCUAUCAACGCGCCCUCGAGGCCACCUUCUUAACAUCUUGGCUACAAAAACGUUCGCGGUUCCGAGACAAUGGUUUCACUGGCCAUAAGAUAUUUACAUACUUGGACAACCCUUAUCUAUCUUUGCGGCCACCCUUAGAACUAAAAAUGAUCUAGAUCUCCGGCCUGGAGUGAUUGGAAGUGUUAGCCUGUGCUUUAUCAUAUAACAUGAUGUUAUCAUCAAUACAAAUGAUCUUCUGCAGCUAGCCGUACGAUUCUUUUUCGCUCGUAUCGCCUUCAUUUCAGGAUCAUCAUCACAGAGAAUUUGAGUUUUUUCCCUUCAUAUUUAUAGAUGUCUCGACCAAGUAGUAUUCCUCCGAGCCGAUCUACCCAGGUAGACAGACAAACUCCUCGCCCAAGGUUAGAAAAUGACUCUCACGAUUCCGGUGAAGGGAAAGCUGCCCCUCAGCCACCACUCUAUCAUACACCCCCACCCCCCAUAGUAAUCAAACUCGAAGGCGAAAUAAAGGACAAGGUCACCCAGAGCAUUCUUAAGGAACAGGAACUUGAAAUGCAGGAGAAGGCGAAGAUCCAAGAAGUCGAAGAAAGUAGUGGAUGGAAGUUCACAAGCAGCACGGCGGGAAAGAUGUAUCUAAAGCUUCAGGAUAAAGAUACAAGAACCUUCAUCGAUUGCAAUAACUUUGCAAGAGAUUGUGAGAAAGCUAUUCGAUCAGACCCACGAGCUAAUUCACGAGUGAAUUCUAUGAGGAAAGAGGCUCCGGCUCCCAGUCUUAAUGUCUUGCUGACUCCGGGAAAAAAAGCACAGCAUCUGAAGAGAUUGGAUACAUUAUUGACGUCAAAGAACAGGUAUGCCAAGUACUGGACAAUCGAAGAUCUCCCCAGUGAAUGGCUCAAGAUUGGCAAUGAGGCUUUGUUCUCAAAAGAAGAACAAGCGCUACUAAUCAAAGAUGCCGAGAAGAAGAAGAAAGCCCUCGAGAAGACGAAAACUGGGGGCAAGGUAAAAGAUGGAAAAUCAAAAGGACACGAACUGCCAAUACGCGAAGUGAGAAGACCAAGUGAUGAUAGGCAAAGAGAAGAUCGUCAAGGGCCAAUACAUAGGGGCGAAGUCAAAGGAGUGACCUCUGAUGGAAUGCGAAGAAGCAGUAGAGAAAAACUUGAUGGGAGAGAACAUGAGGAAAGACAAUUGCUAGGUGAGCUCGAAAAGGAAGGAGCGACUUCUAAAAAUAGACCAAGAAUUCAUAACACAAAGGUCGGUGGAAAAAUCAAAACUGCAGAGCAAGCAUCGAUAAGUGGGGAUGAAAGGGAUCGAAUCAUUGUUGAGGAACAAAGACGUAAUACAAGAACGGAAAUCGACGAGAGAUCCAAAGAAGUACGUCGAGUGCCAGUAGAGGUCGGAAAUAAAAAGAUGGUUCUUGGCGACAGGUCCAGGAUUGGUAACGCAGAAGUCGAUGGGAGACUCAAGAAGACCCACCGGGCGCCAAUAAACGGGACUGAAAGGGAACAGGUUGCUGUCGAGAAACCUAGAGCUGGUAGUAAGGUAGAGGAUGAUAGUAAUUACGGCGAAGAUCAGAUGCUAUCUAAAAAUAGGCAUGGCUCAGCCGCAAUAGAUGAUGCCGGAAAUACAAAGAAAGUAGCUACAGAGAGAUCAAGAAAUGCUCCAGCAGAAACCAACAGGGAAGUCAAAGACGACAGUGUACCACCCAAGAAGAGGCAUGGCCCAGCUGCAAUGGACAUGGCCGGGACUAAAAGGACAAUGGCUGUGGAUAAGUCAAGAAAUGGCAAAGUAGAAACUGAUGGGAGAUUCAAAGAUAACAACCUGCCACCUAAGAAGAAACAUGGAAGUCAGUAAUGCGCAAAUACAACAGCGUUUUAUUCAUAGGAGAGAUAGCUUGCAUAGAAAUGUUUCAAUCAAAAAGAACGACA